GCAAGGACUACAGCAGCCAACUAUGAGACAAUUCGCGUGUUUCUGGAGUUGUUUGAGCGUACUCAGAUUAAGCUGGGCAUACAGUAUGAAGACAUAUGGAACAUGGAUAAGACUAGUGUCAGUCUUAGGGUAUGUACCAACACCAGAGUGAUUGCCAAUUCAUCAAAGAAGAAGGCUUAUAUCAAAUCACCAGAGGAUCGUGAGUGGGUAUCGAUCCUGGAGACUAUCUCCGCCACCGGCACCAAGCUCCAAUGCCUAGUCGUCUUCAAAGGCAAGCAUCUACAAACUACGUGGUUUCCAGCACAAGGGGUGCCCAAUUGGCUCUACACAACGUCAGAGAAUGGGUGGACGUCAAAUUCAAUUGGAUCUGAGUGGCUACAACGGAUAUUCAUACCAAAUACUACACCUUCACAAGGUAGGUGGCGGCUACUACUAUUGGACGGCCACGGCUCCCACACUCCUAUUGACUUUAUGUGGACUUGCCGGCGGCAUCAGAUCUAUCUUCUAUACCUCCCACCUCACGCCUCACACGUUCUCCAGCCGCUGGAUCUGGCUCCAUUCUCCGUCGUUAAAACCCACUACCGUACACCUAUCAAGAAGGAGAGGUUUGUCACCUCAUACAACAAAGCAAGAGAAGAAGGACUAUCUGAGAGAGUCAUACGAGCUGGCUGGAAGGCUGCUGGCUUAUGCCCAUACAACCUAGACCUAGUAAUACUCUCAUCUCAGAUAUCAGGCCGACCUGUCACGCCUCCUCCAUCUACUCAACCUAUAGAUGACGUAUUUGCCACGCCUCAGAGCUCACAGGCCCUUCACAGGGCUUAUCAACAGCUCCUUUUGUCAGAAUCUCUCUCUCGAAGCACCCGUGUGGUGCUUAGCAAGGCAGGCAAGGCUAUUGCUAGAGCCAACACUCGCGCAGCUCGGCUUGAAUCUGAGAAUCAACGACUUAAAUAUCAACUAGAUA